AUGACAGGAGAGGGAUUAGGGUCGUGUGGAUGGCCAAUAUGGCGAAUUGACGACUUUACCGUGUGCUUUCAAUCCGACUACCUCAAGAUUCUCUUCCCUGCAGUUAUAAUAGGUCUUUCCCUGGUAAACCUUGUCGUACAAAGUAUUCUGCGAAGAGUCAAGAGAAGCCGCGCCAGCAACUACAACCAAAUACCACAACAUCUAGAUCAUACCGAGCUACCGCCUGAAGAGGAGGACAGUCUAAGUACAGACGACGAUGAGGAAGGUCUCUCAAUCGCUCAGAAUGGCGGCGGCAGGCUCGCCCUGGUCAAGACCACGACAAGAGGCUCUAUCGUCCAAGCCGACACACCGCCUGGCCAGCAGAUUUCUGUUGUCAUCGAAGAGCUGGCUAUAGUCGGACUGCUGGCUAUCAACAUCUACGCUUUGGUCGCGCACGCUUACCUUGGACGGGGUCAGAUUUCUGCCCUCGUGGGUGUCGUGACCUGGGUCUACGUGCUGUCGCUUGCUACCUUGCGCCUCUUCCUCGAGCACACGAAAUGGCGCGUACCGCACGUUUGGAACCACACGGCCACCAUCUACGCCUGCCAGUGGACCUUCAGCCUCAUUCUCUUCCGUUCCGUUCUUAUCCAUCCCAGCUCCCAGCUGGCUCAAAUCCUCACCAUUGCCGAUUUUGCUUUGACGACCCUGCUGUUUGGCAUGGCUAUGACCACUAGGAAGGGCAACAAGACCGUCUUGUUGGAGUGGGAGGGCGAAAUCGAGCCAUCGCGUGAACCUUUGGCUUCAGUCUUCUCGUUGCUGACUUUUGGCUGGGUCGACGAUAUCCUAUGGAAAGGAUAUAAGAAGACAUACGAGAUUGGAAUGGUCUGGAAUCUGUUGCCAAAGGACAAGGCUGCCAGUAUUUUGUCAGAUUACCGCCAAAUCAAGAAGACGACGAGUCUCGCAUUACACCUGGCCAAAUAUUUCAAAGGCCCCCUAGCCGUACAAGCUAUUUGGGCCGUUGUGUCUGGAGUACUGACCUUUAUACCAACGUUGCUGUUAAAAGCUAUUUUGCAAUACGUCGAGCAUCCCGAUGACGCGCCGAUUAACGUCCUUUGGCUUUAUGUUAUCCUCCUGCCCGUCGCGGACAUUAUCAGAUCUGUGGCAGAUGGACAGGCGCUAUGGAUUGGACGUAAGAUCUGCAUCAAGAUCAGAGCCAUCAUAAUUGGAGAAAUCUACGCCAAGGCACUGCGCCGCAAAGCAGCCAGUGCGGAGAAGGCUGCACCCGGAGACUCCAAGAAUGUCAAGGAGACGAGACUUCAAAAGCUGAAGAAAUGGGUCGGUCUUGGCAAGAAGAAGGACACGAAGAAUACGGAUGGUGGAAAUACGCCCAAGGAUACCGAUAAUGACCCAGCGAAAUCAGCCGACGAGCAAGCGAACCUCGGCACCAUCAUCAACCUCAUGUCCGUCGACAGUUUCAAGAUCAGCGAGGUUACGUCGUAUCUUCACUUCCUUUUCGCACAUGCCCCUUCUCAGCUUAUCGUUGCCAUUGGACUUCUCUGGCAAGUGAUGGGCCUAAGCGCCAUUCCAGGUCUCGUUGUCAUGCUCUUCCUCCUUCCAGUCAAUAUUCUCCUUGCCAAAGGUUUCCAUGUCACCCAGAAGAAAAUCAUGGCAGCGACCGACAAGCGCAUCCACACCACAAACGAAGUGCUCACAAACAUCCGCAUCAUCAAGUAUUUUGCGUGGGAGCAGCGAUUUAGUGAGACUGUUAACGAUAAGAGGAGUGCUGAGCUCAAGGCUUUGCAAUCCCGUUACAUGAUAUGGGCACUUGCUGUUGCUAUUUGGAACACCGUGCCUGUUUUAAUUACCUUCUUCUCGUUCCUCGUCUACACCAAGAUUGAGAAAAAGCCCUUGUAUCCUUCCAUUGCCUUCACUGCUAUUUCCUUGUUCAUGCUUCUUCGCGUACCGCUAGACCAGCUUGGUGACAUGCUAGCCCAUGUUCAGGAGGCAAAGGUUUCAAUUGAUCGUGUUGAAGAUUUUUUGAAUGAAGAGGAGACUGAAAAGUAUAAGCUCCUGGGCCCAGACAACGUUGAUGAGAGCGGCAAGAAGGCAAUCGGCUUCCGCGAUGCUACGUUCAUCUGGGGCAACAAGGAUGCUGUUGCUGAGGAUGGAUCUGUGGCUUUCCGCUUGCUGGACCUCAACUGCGACUUCAAAAUUGGCAAACUCAAUGUAAUUGCAGGCCCUACUGGAUCUGGAAAGACUUCAUUGCUCAUGGCAUUGCUCGGCGAGAUGUCUAUGCAAAAAGGCAAAGUCUACCUUCCCGGUGGUCGAAGCAGAGAGGAUGUCCGCGCCGAUCCUGAGACUGGCCUCGCCGAGACUUGCGCGUACGUGGCCCAGAGCGCUUGGUUGGUAAACGCAAACAUCAAAGAGAAUAUUCUGUUCUCUGCGCAAUAUGACGAGAAGCGAUACCGGGACGUCAUCAUUGCCUGUGCACUCGAGCGGGAUUUGGAGAUUCUGGACAACGGCGAUGAGACGCUUGUUGGUGAAAAGGGCAUCACGUUAUCCGGAGGCCAAAAGCAGCGUAUCUCUCUCGCUCGCGCCGUCUACUCCAACUCCAAGCAUCUUCUCUUGGAUGAUUGUCUGAGCGCUGUUGAUUCGCAUACUGCACAGUGGAUUUUCGACAACUGCAUGCAAGGUCCUUUGAUGAAGGACCGCACUUGCAUACUCGUGACCCACAACGUUACGCUUUGUGCUCCAUCAUCCGAGUACGUUGUGGUCCUCGACAACGGUCGCGUCUCCGCUCAAGGCUCGUCAUUGGAGGUAAUUGGAAGUGGUGCCUUGGGCGAGGAACUUCAAAAUAAGUCACGGCCCUCGUCAGCUCACCAUGUAUCUACUAUACCAUCUCGUGUCCCUUCUAGUGUUGGCGAGGAAAGCGAUGAAACCCUUGUGGAUAAUGGAGGCAGCGAGACGAUCAAUGGCAAACCCAAGGAUCAGAAGAAGGAGAAGAAGAAGGCUGAUGCAAUGGAAGAGACCAAAGCCACAGGUGCCGUCAAAUGGUCUGUUGUCAAGCUGUACCUCAGUGCUAUGGGCAAGUGGUGGUUCUGGGUCAUUGUGGUUGUGGUAUUUGCAGGCCAGCAGCUCUCCAGUGUCGCCUCAAACCUUUGGAUUAGAGAAUGGGCCAACCAGUACACAAUCGACGACCAGUCUGUUUCCAAGAUUCAGUUCAGCACAUUCUCCCAGACUCCCAUCAGCUCAACCAUCUCCCCAACCUACUUCGCAUCCAUUGCCACUUAUGUGAAGGAUCAGCAGAUUUUCAGCCCUGCGGAGUAUUCUGCGGCCAGCGCUCCCAAGGAAGUCAACGUGGACUACUACCUCUUCAUCCUUGCGGUAAUAGGAAUUGCUGGCGCAUUCUUUGCGUUGGUAAGAGACCUGUGGCUGUUCUUUGGCUCCCUCACGGCCUCCAAGGAUCUGCAUAAGAGGCUUAUGGGUUCUGUCGCGAGAGCGAAGUUCAAGUUCUUUGACGUCACCCCUCUCGGUCAGCUAAUGAACCGAUUCAGCAAGGAUUUAGAGGCCAUUGAUCAAGAAGUUGCACCAGUUGCCAUUGGUGUUAUGAGCUGCGCACUGGCGAUUGUGGUCACUGUUGUUCUGAUUGCCGCCAUCACACCGGGAUUCUUGAUUGCCGGCGUUUUCAUCACUGGGCUUUACAUUCUGGUCGGCAUGUUCUACCUUCGUGCAUCGAGAGAUCUCAAACGACUCGAGUCAGUCCACCGCAGCCCCCUCUUCCAGCAAUUUGGCGAAACACUGUCUGGCGUUACCACCAUUCGUGCUUAUGGUGACGAGAGACGUUUUAUCCGCGAGAAUCUAACCAAGAUCAAUACCCAAUCGCGUCCGUUCAUCUAUCUCUGGGCCGCUAACAGAUGGCUUGCGUUCCGAACUGACUGCUUGGGCGAUCUUGUGGCUUUUUUCGCUGGUGUAUUUGUCAUCUUCAGUAUCGGACAUCUUGAUGCUGGCUCUGCCGGUCUCUCACUCAGCUAUGCCAUUGGUUUCUCUGACAAUAUUCUUUGGCUUGUCCGACUGUAUGCCAUGAACGAACAGAAUAUGAACUCGGUCGAGCGCGUCAAGGAAUACCUCGACAUUGAGCAGGAAGCGGAGCCUAUCAAUGAGAAGAAUCGCCCUGCGAAGAGUUGGCCGGCACAGGGUUCCGUCGAAUUCAUCGGAUACUCCACAAGAUAUCGAGAGGACUUGGACCCUGUUCUUCGCGACCUGACUUUUAAGAUCAAACCAUACGAGAAGGUCGGUAUCGUUGGCCGAACCGGUGCUGGCAAGAGUUCCCUAGCCCUUGCCCUCUUCCGUGCUUUAGAGGCUGAGAAGGGCAAAAUCUUGAUCGAUGAUGUCGAUAUUGGGCAGAUCGGGCUCAGGGAUCUUCGAGAGGCCAUUACCAUUGUGCCCCAAGAUCCAACCCUCUUCACCGGAACUCUUCGAACGAAUCUUGAUCCUUUCGAUAUAUACACGGACGAAGACAUCUUCACGGCGCUACGCAGAGUACAGUUGAUUGGGCCGGAUGAGAACCCUGUGACGCCAGUCACCCCAACAGCCACACGGCGAACAUUGCCCAGUGAUGCUGAAGUACAAGCUGGUGGAGUUUCGACGCCAACUGCAACUAACAAGAACAUCUUCUUGGAUUUGUCUUCGCCAGUCGCUGAGUCGGGGUCGAACCUGUCGCAAGGACAGCGACAGCUGCUCUGCCUUGCUCGUGCCAUGCUCAAGCAACCCAAGGUUCUAAUCAUGGACGAAGCAACGGCCUCGAUCGACUAUGCCACGGAUUCUCAAAUCCAAGCCACCAUUCGUGAUCUGAAGGGUACCACGAUAACCAUUGCUCAUCGACUCGCAACCAUUGUAGACUAUGACAAGGUUCUUGUUUUAGAUCACGGCGAGGUCAAGGAGUUUGCACACCCGUGGGAGCUCUUGAAGAAAUCAGAUGGAAUCUUCAAGUCCAUGUGUGAGACCAGUGGCGAUUUCGAGAGCCUUCAAAAAGCUGCCAAAAAGGCCUUUGAGGCGAAGCGACUCGUCGAUGAUGAGUAG